ACCCGACCAACAGACACCACGACCCCUAUACUCUAACAGCACCAUCACCACAUAACUCAAUACACAACCCAACACCUUCCACAACUUACCCACUCACCAUGUGGAAGCGGGGGACAUUGGGCAAUGAGAUUGACGUCAGCAAGUCAUCGCUGGUGGACCUCAAAGCGGAACUGUUCCGACGCCAGGCGGAGUAUGCACGCGACAAGGCAGACCCUACCAAACGCAAGAGCCACCAGGUCAAUGUCAAGGGGAAGGCUAAAGAGCAAUGGGCUGUAGAGGCGAAGAACAGAGGGGUGGCUGCCAGGGCAGCACGUGACCAAGCCAUGACUCACGCGGAACAGAACAAAGCAGCACGCAGCAAGGCUAAGCUGGAGGAGAAGGCUAAGCUGUACGAUAUGAUGAAGGCCAGGUAUAUGGCAAACGAAAGCGACACGAACGAAUCUGUAUUGGUGGACUUUGAAGCCAAGGCAUGGGAUAAUGAAGCUAGCGAUAUCGACAGUCGCAGCGAUGCAUCGUCCGACAGCGAUGAUGACGAUGUAAUUGCUGGGCGGCCCCUUUCUGAGCGCAGGGAUGGGGAAGUGUGGGUGGAGUAUGAGGAUGAUCUGGGGCGCACCAGACAUUGUCCUCGCUCUGACUUCGCCCGUGUGGCUGAGAAACUGCACCGCAAAAUCCGGCGGACGGAGGCGGCUGCCAGUUCUAAAGCAGAUCAGUACGUAUACCGAUCCGCCGAGGAACAAAUACGCGACAGCUACCAACCCAUAUCCCGAAGUGAUAGGGAACGAAGCGGGUCACUUGAACCCAAAAAUAAUGGACCGGUCUACUUCCAAGAGGUGUUUGGCAACGAAGUUCGCGACUUGGGUGUAGGAUACUACGGGUUCAGUACCGACCCUAUUGUCAGGGGUACGCAGAUGGAGGCUCUAAACAAGCUGAGGGAAGAGACUAAGACCUUGAGACAGCGUAGUGUGUCACAGGGACUAAGGAAGCAGAUGGCUCUGAAGAAGCGGCUGGAUAAAGUGAGAGAAAGGAAGGCUGCUCGUGAGCUAAGGAGUGGUGCAUUAGCUGGUGUGGGAUUGACAUGGGCCGAUGGAGAGGUGUUGGAGAAAGAGGCGACGAGUUGAUGGGAGUAUGAUAUACGUAAAGUAACAGGUUACCGAAGGAAUACCGCACACGGCUGAAUUUCGCUACUUAGUCAUUGGAGCUUACCGUUGUACCGGCACAGGAGCCAGCAUCUCUUGUGAUAGGAGUGUUUGCCACAGACGAGCAGAGGUACUUAUUCUGUACAUAACAUGAGAGUUAUCCUCGUGAAGCCUACUCACAACCAGAGUAUCCCACCAAGUAAUCAAAGCUUGCCACUGCACUAUCCCAGUUAAUGAAUCACUCGUUCUUUGGGAUGGUGACUGAAAAUCAAGGUAGAUCUGCGGUUGAGAAGAGGAAUGGCAGAUAUUCUGCAUAACGCCGACAACUAACGGUCGUCGCAAACGGCUACGAAAUCCCUCACACUCACCAGCCGGCCAAGGGAGGCCGUUAAAAUGGGAGAUUUAAGGGUCAAAUACUACCCACGACUGCAGUACCUCACCCCCUUUCUCGGUGAAAGGAAGCUGUUGAAUUGGGAUUUAAAUGGUCAUGUCAUGUUCCAAACUCUAAACCCUAAAUCCCCCGGUCAAUAUCUGGACAAAAGAGGUUGUGGUGGGUCGAUAGAAACAUGCUCGCUACUCAUGGUCUGUAUUCUCAGGAAUCGCUACUUAUGGUCUAUAAAACCAGGAUCUGGGUUCCGUACGCAAGCACAGACACUAGAAGUCGCUAGGUGAUAGUCAGAUUCUCGUUCACUCCAGCAUCAAAUGGCAAUUUUGACAUUAAGUUGUGCAUCUAGAUGAGGCUAGCGUGCCGGCUGGUUAAAAGGAAAGAUGCGACAAGCUAUACACUUACUCCACACUCGCACAUGUACUUUGCUGUGUACAUAUCAUUGCAAAUGGAGACAGUCCAUCACAUUGCACACACACACAGUUAUCUAUCCUCAUUGCUAUGCACAUACAAUACUGCGAGAAAUGUUUUGGAGAAUGCCCAUUCAUGUCAAUCGAAGUGAUUCGCGUGCUGUACGUAGGCGGACAUGGUGAAGUGUCGCGUCGUGGUUUAUCCAUUGUGCACUAGAAGAAUAUAGAACCUUAGGGAAUGGAGAAGAAAUAAAUAAACCGUGACUGUGCUAC